AUGUUCAGAAAAAUUGAAUUACUUACUACUAACGUUACAUCAAUAGAAAGUUCAUUAAAUUUCUAUGGAGAAUCAUUUGAUGAAAUCAAGAAUAAAAUGGACACUGUUGUAAACAUUGUUAAUGGUAUGGAAAAUAGGUGUAUUAUGGCUAGUAGAAGUGCGCUUUCAAUAAGUGAAAAAAAAAGUGUCCUAGCCGAUUAUGACAAGCUUCCCGAGAAGACGAAUCAGAGAUUAGCAGCACAACAAUUGGGCAUUCCGCAGUCAACAUUAAAUAAGUUACUGAAAUCCCGUAACGAAAUAAGUUACUGCACUGAAUCUCAAAAUAGAAAACGUAAACGUGAGAGCAAAAGUAAGGCAACCGAUGAAGCUCUUUUCAUGUGGUUUAAGCAAGCUAGCGCUAUGAAUGCUCCUAUAAAUCGCAGCAUAUUAAUGACAAAAGCCAAUGACUUGGCCAAAAAAAUGGGAGAAAUUAAUUUUAAUGCAACUGAUGGUUGGUUGACUAGGUGGAAAGAUCGCCACGAUAUUGUUUACAAAAAACUUCAUGGAGAAAAACAAGACGCAGAUGCGAGUGGUGCUGAUUCUUGGAUUAAAACAACGUGGCCAACUGUUUUGAAUAAAUACGGUCCGGAAAACAUCUUUAAUUUAGAUGAAACAGGGCUGUACUAUAGAGCAACACCUGACUAUUGCAUGGUUUUAAAAAAUGCACCGGCCUCUGCAGGGAAAAAGAAUAAAGCGAGGAUCACUGUGGCUUUAACGUGCAAUAUGACGGGUGUCAAGAACUUACCUGUUGACUACUUCAGCAAUAUAAAUGCUUGGAUGACAUCUUUUAUUUUUGAAAGUUAUUUGAGAAAAUGGGAUUCAACAUUUGAUCACAAAAUCGGUCUAAUUUUGGACAAUUGUACAGUGCAUCCCAACUUUUCUUUAAAGAACAUUGAACUGGUAUUUCUUCCUCUCAAUCCUCCCGCCCCUUGA